AUGCCUGCAAAAUCGAACGAGAUCCCACACCGUCGAAACGGACGCUCUGCCGAGAUGCGAGCCAAGAGAAGCCCUGGCAGCGGGAGACUGGGGGAGACGGGGGCUCUGCGGCAAAGGACCAUCUCCGCCACUGCAAUGGAAGUCCCGCCCCCAACCCUAUCCGACCUCCGGGACAGCCCAGUUAAAAACGGCAACAAGGGUCUGCUCACAUGCCCGUGGGCAUUCGGAGAUGGAUCCCAACCGCGUGAUGCCAACCUCGCGCCGCAGAAUCAGUCGGGCGCGUAUAAUCUGCCCUUGCGUAACCAGCUCGGCACCGGUAAUCCGAAGGCCCUUUCUCAUCAACCUCCGUUCAUACCAAAGUCUAGUGACAAUCGGGUGAUUCUCAGGUCUCUGGAACGACGGCGACCUCUUGGUUUGACCCCUCCAUUAGUCGGGUUGGAGGUGACUGAAUGCGGAACCAAUGCGUAG